AUGCUCACCUAUGGUCAUGACGCAGUUUUGCCCAUGGAAGUGACUGUGCGGUUAAUGAGAUUCAUAUUGCAAAACAAUUUGACUCCUGCAGAAUACAAUGAAUCUAUGUUAAUUGAAUUGGAAGACCUAGAUAAAGUGAGGUUAAAGGCUCUUGGCCAUAUACAAGUUCAAAAGAGGCGAGUAGCAAGGGCAUAUAACAAGCGCGUUAGGGCCAAAACCUUUAGCGAAGGCGACUUGGUAUGGAAGACAGUCCUCCCAAUAGGUGUGAAUGAUAAAAAAUAUGGAAAAUGGUCGCCAAAUUGGGAGGGUCCAUUUAUGGUUUACAAAUUCUUAAAAGGAGGUGCAUAUCAUUUGCAAGAUCUCGACGGGGAGAUACACCCCCGGCCAAUUAAUGGCCGGUACUUAAAAACCUAUUAUCCUAUAAUAUGGGAGAAGAUGGAGAAUGAAGCCAAAGAUGGUUAA